CCCCCUGCGCUGAGCCACGUCAUCACAAACAAACAUGGCGGCUCUGGUUCUCGGUGUGUUUCCGGUCAUUUUAACGUUUUUAACGUUUCUGCACGCGGCGGGCUCUGACGUCACGUGGCCGGCCGUGACUCUGGCCGGUGUAACCGGGCUGCUGACGCUGUGUCUGUGGAGGGUACGGCGGCGGGACGCGGGGACAGACCGGCGGGUGUGUGUGCUCGUGCUGGGGGACAUCGGCCGCAGUCCUCGGAUGCAGUAUCACGCGCUGUCCCUCAGCAGGCACCUGUAUGACGUCACCUUCGUCGGGUUCUUAGAUAGCAAACCUCAUCCGGACGUCCUGACUGAGGAGAAGAUCACGAUCGUCCCGGUAACAGAAGUGAGAGGCGUUCGAGUGGGACCAAAAAUCGUCACGUACGUGUCGAAGGUGAUCGCUCAGAGUCUGCAGCUUCUUCACGUGCUGCUGACGAUGGAGUCGCAGUCUCACAUCCUGAUGCAGAAUCCUCCUGGUCUGCCGAGCAUCUCCGUGGCGUGGCUCGUUAGCGUCCUGCGUGGCAGCAGAUUCGUCAUCGACUGGCACAACUACGGCUACACCAUCAUGGCCCUGAGCCUCGGCCACAGACACCCGGUGGUCCGACUGGCAAAGUGGUACGAACACUUCUUCGGCCCUCUGGCUGCUCACAACCUGUGUGUGACCAACGCGAUGAAGGACGACCUGCAGAAGAACUGGGGCAUCGAGGCGACGACACUGUACGACAGACCGCCCUCCAUCUUCAGAGAGACUCCGCUGAAGCUGCAGCACGAGCUCUUCAUGAGACUGGCCAAAGCGUAUCCUCACUUCCAGAGCGACGAGUCGGAGGUGGAGGAAAAUGUGGAGAAGGUGGAGAGGACAGUUUUCACACGUUGUGACCUCACUGAUGACACGGUGACUUUGAGGGCGAAGCGACCGGCGCUGCUGCUCAGCAGCACGAGUUGGACAGAGGAUGAAGACUUCUCCAUCCUGCUGAAAGCUCUGGAAGAGUACGAAGGUUUCAUUAAAGGAGGAGCUUCGUUACCGUCGUUACUCUGCGUCAUCACAGGUAAAGGUCCUCAGAAGGAACACUACAGGAAGCUGAUCGACUCUCUGCGUUUCGAACACGUGAAGAUCUGCACUCCGUGGCUCGAGGCUGAAGACUAUCCCGUUUUAUUGGGAUCAGCUGAUCUCGGCGUUUGUCUCCACAAGUCGUCGAGCGGUUUGGAUCUGCCCAUGAAGGUGGUGGACAUGUUUGGCUGCUGUCUGCCCGUCUGCGCCAUCCACUUCAACUGUUUACAUGAGCUGGUGAAGCACGAGGAGAACGGACUGAUCUUCAGAGACUCUCAGGAGCUCGCCGAGCAGCUCCAGUCUCUCCUGUCAGAGUUUCCAGCUUCAGACGGCAGACUGGGUCAGUUCAGGAGGAACCUCCGCACCAGCAGAGGGCAGCGCUGGGACGACAACUGGGACCAGAACGUCCUGCCUCUGAUCACCGCUCCCUGAUGGACACCACAGACGAACCUUCAAAGAUUUUCAGACUAAAGUUCAUCACUUGACUCAAAUAACAGAAAUUCUUAAAGGGACAGUUUGUGUUGUUUGAUUUACUGAUCCACAGUCAGUUAGUAGCAGACAGGACCAGCAUGAAGCGAAACCAUGUCCUGCUGUGGACGGACGGAGGCAACACAUGAAAACAUGGACAUCAGUCUGACUGUCUGAUGAUGAUGGAGAGUAUUUUCACUUUGUGUCAGGAAACUGGAGCUGUUACAUCGUGCCAGACUUCAUUUACAAAAAUCUAAUUUUGCCUCACAGAACAAAGAAGUUGCUGUUUUGCUGCUUCCCCACGUUGACUCUGAAGGUGACUCAGCAUCAUUUAAUGAAACAGACAGACCAGGUGGACUUCUCUAAACGCUCCACCUGUACAGACCAGGUGGACUUCUCUAAACGCUCCACCUGUACAGACCAGGUGGACUUCUCUAAACGCUCCACCUGUACUUCACUUUUCUUUCCAGCUGUUCAGAGAACUUCGAUGUACGAAGGACACCUUGAUACUCUGAUGUACAUUUGUAAAUAAAAUCUUUAUUGUUCUCCA